UUCUUCAGGAUCCAAUAUGAAUUGGCCUUCCUGACCACAAGUAUCCGAUCGGAAGAGCAGCUAGAGUUGAAUUCGUCACUAUAUCCUUUCGAGAUUUGGAAGUAUUUCUUACGAAACACUUACACCAUAGCUUCAAUGGAGCAUGUAUACAACCUGACGCACCAAAGCAACCGGCUCCAUUAGUCUCUAAUAGUUCACAAAGUUGGUCAUCUAUCCUCCCACUUCUCCAAUCCCGAUCUCGAAAUAGUCAGUCAUUGAGCCGGCCUUCCACUAAAGAUAUGAACAAGUGUUAACACCUCUUUAGGAUUCCUCUUACAGACCAGAGACAGAUGGACCUUGACCAAAUUAGCUAGAUUACAUCUAAUAGUUCGAAAAAAGAGAAAGUUUCUUUUCAACGGACUCGAUCGCGCCAUCUGUAGCUUUGAAGAACUGAAAAAGUUUCUUGUGGAAUCUUAUACAAGACUUUGAUUAUCUCCUUCCUUUGAAAUUUUCUUCAUCCCCCAAAAAUCAUCAACAGAAAACAUUUCACCAUGUAUUUCUCAAAAGCUGUUAUCGCUGCCAUUAUGGCCUUAACUUUAGUACAAGGUAUUCCAGUUGUAAGUUAACAUUCUGUGUAUAUCAACUGAAUACCGCUAACAAUUCCCAGAAACCUCGCUGUGAUGAAUGCGGCGGUAAAGGCAAAUUAAACAGCGACGAACGAACCGUCUACGUGGGACCCCCUGGUGACCCCAAAAGUAUUUUCGUAUGUUCCAUUCUACUUCGAUUUGUCUUGAUCAUGGGCAGAAGGCCACACAUUUACUUACCUGCUGACUCAUCACUAGAUUUUUCCCUCUCACGAAGCUUGUGUGCAGGGUAAGCUCGGUAAACGUUUCCGCAGACUUCGCAUCCCUGAAUAUAUGCUCGAGGACAGAUGUAAGCCUAUCAAGGAGUUUUGUAAUAAAUGCCCUGCAAGUGAGAAGUUUAAACCUGGAGGAGAAUUAUUUGGCAAGAACCCUCAUGCGAUGAUGGGAGAGGAAAUUGUUCGCGCCUGCGGAGAUCAUUGUGGAAUCACCUACCCUGAAGAGAAUGAAAAUAUUAACGUGGAAGGGGCAAAGGAAGUUGUGGAGGAGACAAAAGAAGAGAAGGCAGUCGAGGAGAAGCCAGCCGAGGGAAAGCUAGUGGAGCUAAUUGAAGCGAAGCCAGCUGAGGAGGAGAAAUCAGGUGAGGAGAAGACAGUUGAGGAAGAGGCAGCUGAAGAGGAUCCCGUUGGAGAAGAGGAGUCAGUCAAAGAGGACCCUGUUAAGGAGGAGUAGGCUGCGCAACCGGGCUCCACAGGGCAGAUUAUUGCUUUGAUGGGUAAUCCGCGGAUAACCCAUUUGCAGGGCGGGUUAUUGGAAAAUCUGGAUAGGUA